GAAAGAGAGGUGGCGCUGUUUCUCGGUCAUAUAGCGGAGAGAGAGCAGCAGCAGCAGCACAGGGCGGUGCUGAUCCACCAGUAAGGAGGAGGAAGAACAGGAGGAACAGCAGGAGGAAGAGCAGCGCGGUCCAGCUGUUCCCUGAAAAACAAACGAGCACGCGCGCGUAAAAUUUUUAAUCCGGUACACGCGGCGUUCACACACACACUUCGCUCCGAGUCUCGAGCCUCCGGAGGAGAGAAGUGCGCAGAUCAGCGGGAGCAUCGUUUCAGCACCGCGGACAGCGAUGGCUCCAGUGGCCUCUGAGCACGCGCAAUUCGCGGAGGUCCCAGUGAGUGUGGCUGUGGUCAGUGUCUUUGGCCUGGUCUUCAGCGUCUCCGCCUUUGCAUGGAUUUGCUGUCAACGCAAGACCAACAAGAGCAGCACCAAAACCCCACCGUACAAGUUCGUCCACAUGCUGAAGGGGGUGGACAUCUACCCCGAGAGCUUAAGCGGUAAGAAAAAGUUUGCUGGAGAGAAGACUCCUGACCCCACCCAGGGAAAAAACAGCCCCAGUCCUACCGGUGGACGUCCUGCACUCCACCUGGACCUAGAGAAGCGAGACCUCAAUGGAAACUUCACAUUCAAGCCUCCAGCGGCACUCCAUCCCAAAGUACGCAGCUCUCCAGACCUGGACAUCCCAUCCCCACACCCAGGGUUUGGUCAGGGGGGCAACCAGGAAGCCACCACCCCAGAAAGCAACCUGUCCAGCCAGACACCUACUCCUGCCCUGGACAAGCCCCAAGACAAGGAAGCUGGCCUGGGCACCCUGUUCUUCUCUCUUGAGUACAACUUCGAGAAGAAGGCCUUCAUGGUGCACAUCAAGGAGGCUCACGGCCUCUCCCCCACAGACGAGCAGUCCUUGACCUCUGACCCUUACAUCAAGCUGACCCUGCUCCCUGAGAAGAAGCACAAGGUGAAGACUAGGGUUCUGAGGAAGACUCUGGACCCGGCCUUCGACGAGACCUUCAGCUUCUACGGGAUCCCGUACGCUCGAGUCUCCCAGCUGGCUUUGCACUUCAUGGUGCUGAGCUUUGACCGGUUCUCCCGCGACGAGGUCAUCGGUGAAACACUCGUACCAUUGGCUGACGUGGACCUCUCUGAGGGGCGGGUCCUCAUGAGCCGUGACAUCAUCAAGAAGAAUGUUAGGAGGACUACAGGGCGGGGAGAGCUGCUGCUGUCUCUGUGUUAUCAGUCAACCACCAGCACCCUGACCGUGGUGGUCCUGAAGGCUCGCCAUCUCCCCAAGACUGACCCCAACGGACCAUCCGACCCAUAUGUGAAGGUGAACUUGUAUCAGGGGAAGAAGCGCGUGUGCAAGAAGAAGACCCAUGUGAAGAAGUGUGCACCGAACCCUGUCUUCAACGAGCUCUUUGUCUUUGAUGUUCCCUCUGAGGAGGGUCUGCGGGACACCAGCGUGGAGCUGCUGCUGCUGGACUCGGACCGGACGGCGAGGACACCGCUCAUUGGGCGCCUUCUGCUCGGCACCUCCUCCCCAGGAACUCCCGGAGAACACUGGCGUGAGAUCUGCGACCACCCACGGAGGCAAAUCGCCAAGUGGCACGCACUCUCCGAAGACUAGCUGAGUAUGAGUGGGUUGCCAUUGCAAAAAUACCCAGGAACUGUCAAAAUAUGUGGGAAUGGGAGUGGGCGGGAGUUAGGUCGAACUUUUACAGUGCAUUUGGAAAGUCCUCGAAAAUUAACUUGGCAAUUGUGGAGUUCACAACAAGAUCGAUGCAUUCAAACAUCCGACAAAGUCAUAAAAACAAGUGGUACACUCAGGUGAGCUCCAUAUUUCCUGAGUUUACAGGUGCGUUCAGAUGGUCCUAGUCAAGUUGGGAAAGUUGGAAAAUCAUAACCACAUUCUAACUACUAGUUGUUUGCAUUAAAGUGCUCUUUGUCGUGUUUUUCUACUUUGACGUCUACUUUAUUAGUUUCUGGGGAAACUUAUGAACAUGUGUCACUAAAUGUAUUGUAGCUACUAGUUGCAAAUGAGAUUGACCAAUCACGUCGCCUGAUGCAAAAAGAACAAUGGCAAAAAAAGGUCUACUACAUUGUCGUGGUAUCAAAAAGUGCAAGUCAUAAAACUGUUCUGUCAUCAUACUAGUGUUACAAUUAGUAGCUAUUUUGAGUAGACAUCGCUAACUUGUAAAUUUGUAAGAUCGCUAUGUAUUUCGCCUGGAUAAUACGUGGUAAUACGUACUCAUAACUCAUAAUCUCAAGGUUAGGAUACCACUUGCAUUUAUGACUUGGUUGGCCCGUUCAUUUGCAUAUUGCGAAGAGUUUAUGUGGACCAUCUGAACGCUCCAGAACAUCAGUGAUGUCACCUGUCAGUCAAUUAGUUCAGGACGGGGAUUUCUACAGAGGGGGGAGCGCCGGCUUAACCCGGCCAACCAAUGAUUCCAAAGACAGUCUGUGGACACCCCAUAACGCUUCUCGUCAUAUUUCAUUCAGUUGAUCUGAUUGGUCAUCACCUUGUGCAGUGCCGAAUGUCAUAAAUGUCUCUUUUGCUGUUUGCUCUACUUAGUAUCAAUAUUACUCAGAUAAAAAUGGUGGAAAAGAAAACAGGAAACAGUUACUAUGAUGCUGUAAAUAUAAAAACAUGGAUAAUGAUUUUAUUUUUUAAAGAAGCUAUCUGUUAUUUUAUUAAACUGUCUGUUUUUUUCUUUCCUUUUUGUACUUGAUUUAUUGAUUUUUGGUUGUUCUUUUUUGCCUUUUUAUGUUUUCUACGUUGAAGUGGUUCAUAUGUCAUAUUUCAGCCAUGUGCAAGCAGCCUAAAUUAGGCAAAACAAAACGAACAAAAAAAAAAACCCAGACUGAUGUUUAUGAACAAAGGACUGCAUGAUCUGACCUGAACUGAACUGGAUGUAUGGGAAGUGUCUGUUUAUGUGUGAGUGUGUGUGUGUGUGUUCAGUUCUAACUGGAGAGAGAUAGAGUUUACCUCUUCAUUGUGAGCACAAUGGCAGAAUGUAAUGUUCAUGUAUCUUAAUAUAAAACAUCAAGUUGAAAAAGAAAAAUGAAAA